GCUCCUCCUCCCUCCAGCUCCACCAUCAUCGUUUCUUUUUCACUGCAGGACUUGCUUUCCGUAAACACUGCCGGCGGAGCUUUAAUGUCAGACACCCCUCAUGACUUGUGUUAUAAUACCUGGAUGUGGAGUCUCCUCGAAGUGAAGUGGCUCUUCUGACUGGAUCAGUCCUUAGUGAAGACAGAGAGACCAUGUGGGAGUCACAUGUGUGCAGAAGAUGAGCAGUAAACAGAUGCUAGUACAGCCCCGGUCUGAGUGUGUUACAUCAUGAACAUCACCACACAGCCCCCUCACACCAUCAGCGGAGACACGGCCGUCAGCUACGUGCUGGUCCCCUUCUUCCUCAUCACUGCUCUCGGGAUCGUUGCAGCAGUGGUGAUGUACAUAAGGAGGAAACGGAGGAUUGAUAGACUGCGGCAUCAGCUGCUUCCAGUUUACACGUAUGACCCCACCGAAGAGCUGAACGAGGCAGAACAGGAAAUCCUUUGGAAAGAGGAAGACACAAAGGUGGUCCAGGGUUGGAUGAGGAUGUAUCAGCAGCGCAGACCCCUGCUCUCGAAGGAUCCUGAUGCAUGAAAAUCAGCUUUAACUUUUGGCGAUUCUGCACAUCAUCUGUGAACCUGGUCAAUAACUCAACACUGUCUCGUCGUCCUGUAUUGCAGAUUCCCAAGAUGGACAUUUUUGAGCAAUAAGCUACUGGUUUUUCCACUGUUUGAAGCACUGAGUCUGGAAGAGCUUUAGUGACAUGAAGCCAUGGGAUCAUAUUGUUCACCUCAGGUCUCUUCUCACAAAUAUGGUCCAGCUGAAGCAGUCUGAACAACAAGACUCAAGAAGGAUGUUAAUACGCCACUGUGUUACAGUUUUUUAUUUAUUUUAGCUGUGUGUAUUCCGCUGAUGUUCUGUGCUAUUAAAUGCUCAGGAGAGCUGUUUUCCUGAGUGUGCAUGAAUGUGA